AUGGCGACCAUUCGUUCGGACGAGAAGGCGACGGCGUCAUCUCCUGGCCAUGACGCCGAAACAGCCUUGGACGCGACGUCCACCGACAAAGACUUAGCGAUCAACCUCGUCGGUGAACGCGCCCAAGACAUCGACCCCGAGAUCGAAGCAAAAGUCCUCCGAAAGAUCGAUUGGUUCCUCAUCCCCGCCAUGAUCGUGGGCUACGGUCUAGUGUACUACGACAAAGCCAUCCUCGGCUCUGCCGCCCUCUUCGGCAUGACAACCGACCUUCAUCUAACCCAAACCCUCUCUCCCGCUACACCGACUUCCCCAGCAGUAGUUUCCACGACACGUCUCUCAUGGGCCACCUCAUUAUUUUACUUCGGCAUGCUCGCAGGACUCUAUCCCCUAACAUUCGCCCUUCAGCGUUUCAACCUAGGCCGUAUCCUUGGCGCAGUUGUGCUACUUUGGAGUCUCAUCUGCAUGUUGACAGCCGCUGUUACAGACUACAGGGGAUUGUAUGUCCAGAGAUUCUUCCUGGGUUUCGUAGAAAGUAUCAUCCCAACGGGGUUCAUGACAAUAGUAAGCAGCUACUAUACGCAGCGCGAACAGUCCGUUCGCCAGUCUUGGUGGUUUAGUAGCACGGGCCUCUUCACUAUCAUCGGCGGCGCGUUGAACUACGGGUUUGCACAAAUCACGUCCGGCGCGCUAAGACGCUGGCAGUACAUCUACCUCCUCGCUGGCUGUCUAACCUUUCUCUUCGGAUGUUUCUGCUUCUUCGUCCCAAAUUCAUGCGCCGAAGCCUGGUUCCUGACGAAGAGCGAACGUGUCGUCGCUGUUGAGCGACUGAGGAAGGGUGCGACGGGUGUGCGGUGUCAGAAGAUCAAGAUGUAUCAGCUGAGGGAAUGCGUUACGGAUGUGAAGUUCUACCUCGUGUUCCUACUCAUGGGUAGCGCAUACACCGUCAACGGCGCAGUUUCUGGUUUCGGCCCACUCAUCGUAAACACAUUCGGCUGGUCGCCUCUCGCAUCCAUACUCUGGCAGUUCCCGCUCGGUCUCAUCUGCCUCGUUACUAUCCUCCUCUGCGGAUGGUUGUCUUCGCGCAUACCCAACAUACGAAUCAUUCUCCUCAUCGUAAACUGCCUCCCCGUCAUCGCCGGCUGUGCCAUGAUCUGGAAGUCUUCCUGGACGUAUCACGCGCCUACGCCCGUUGCGGGAUACUCAAUAAUCGGUACCUUUGGCGCAGUCGUUAGCCAGACAAUCGUCAUAGCCAUGUCCAACGUCAGCGGCGCAACGAAGAAGAGCGCCAUGGCCGGUACAGUCUUCGUUGCGUACUGUGUGGGAAACAUCGUCGGUCCGCUGUUGAUCAGGAGUCAGGAAAAGGGGCAACAUUAUCCUAGGUUAUGGACAGGUUUGAUCAUCUGUUAUUGUAUUACAAUUGCGUCGGCCGUAGCACUUUAUGUGCAUCUCAAGAGGGAGAAUGCGAAGAGGGAGGUGAUGAGCGUGGAUGAGGGUGAGAGGGAUAAGUUGGCGUUUAUGGAUUUGACAGAUGGCGAGAAUAUGUAUUUUAGAUAUGUAUUGUAG